AUGUCCGAAGCCCACUUUGAUGAGUACGAGCACUACAACUUCGACCAUGACAAGCACAUCUUCUCUGGCCACAGCGGAAAGCAGCGCUCCAAGAAGGAGGCCACCGAGCACACCAACCACUUUGAUCCCUCUGGCCAUUCCCGCAAGAUUCUCACCAAGCUGAUGAACACCAACAACAAUAACAAGAAGGCCGCCGCCUGCAAAAACUGAUGCAGGGCAUCGGGGGCGGGGCAGCGGGAGAGCAAGAAGUAACGGGCAAAUGAAAAUAAGGAGAGUGCAAAAAGAAAUCUUCGAAUUUAAAGAAAAGCAAAAAAAGGAAGAAA